GUCCACAUAGAAAAGCGACUUUUUCAGCUGUUGUCCAGUAGAUGGCGGCACAACUAAUUAAUAUUAUACUUAAUAGAGGGCAAAACAAUCACUGUCGUUUUUGAUUGCCUAGAUUCAAAAGGAAAUAUCAUUACAAAAUAGGUACCUAAUUCUUAGUGACAAUUUCUAGAAAAAAAACGAGACCUGAAUGUCCUGAAUAAAGGAGAAGAUAACGACAGCGGCAUGGAAUCUCAAGAUGGGUCGCAGUCUUUGGACGAAACCACCACAACAGACAUGGAAUUGAAGGAAAAAAAGAGGGAUGAGGAGGAAGAAGAAGACGACGAGCCAGAUGAAACCUUAUCAGAACGCCUCUGGGGACUGACAGAGAUGUUUCCAGAGCCAGUCAGAAACAUCACAUAUGCAACCAUGGUGAACACGCAGGCUGGGGCCAAAUUUGCAUACAACUUUUCCAGGAGUGCAAUGUGGAUAGUCUUUAGCUCUUCAAUCAUACUUUUUGCGCCAGUAAUAUUUGAAGUGGAAAAGGCUCAGAUGGAAGAAAUGCAGAAGAACCAACAAAAACAGAUGUUGUUAGGUCCGAAUUCAGCGAUAUCUGGGGGUGUUCCGCCCCCCAUAAUGCCUCCCAUGGCACAGAGGAGUUGAAAGGCUGCAUUUAGUUUUUUUUUAAUGAAAAUUUGGUACUACUACAUCCACUGUUGGGUAAAUUAGUUGUAACAAUACAACAGAACGUAUGUGAUUGCUGCUUCAGUUGGUUGCAGAUUUUUUCUAGUGCGCCACACAAAGGCAUGGUUAUGUUGUGUAAUCUUUAUUAAAAAUAGAGAGAUAUCGUAGCAA